AUUCAUCGGAUAAGGAAUGAAUGGAAGCACACGGAGAGCACGGAGAAGUCUUGACAACGGCAUAAUUCGCGUGCUUCACUCACGGUACACGGACAUAUAUCCACGGUAAUUCGAGAAACAUAACUCAAGUCCCAGCGGAGCGCUACAUCACGGCCACCAGUUUCUUGGCAGAUAUCGCCACGGCGCACCGUGUCGGCUUCCCUUUGCUACUUUACCUGCCUUUUUCCUUUUACCACUCCUCGGUCAGCCCCGCGCUCACCCUCGUAUCUUGUCAACCAAGUUUUACCCCUUCCAUCGUAGAUUAACCGACUGUGACGACUUUUCAUCGCGACGCGUGUCUACCACCUUCAGCGAACCAUGUAAACCGAUAUUCAAGACUUUCGCGGUGUUCACCAGAAUCGAUUCAAGUCGAUACUUAUUUUCGCGACGAGAUCAUAGGUGUAUGGAUAAAGAAUCGAUAUAUCAGAUUUUGCGGGUUCGUUGCUUGAAAAUUUGAUUACAUCAGGAUAUCGCGUGCGGAAUAUAAAAAACAAGGCCUUUUAUAACAUUUAUAACAAGUUUAAUGUAUCCAGGAAGCGGAUGGAAAUAUAUUUUUGUUUAUGUGAAUCUGUGAAAGUAAUAUUUCGAUUUCUCUUCCGGAGAAAUGUAUCGAUCAAUUUUACAAUUUGAAUUUGGCACCAGCUAGUUCAUGCAGUGUUCGAUAGUGGACGUACACACAUGUUUACAUUUACUGCUCCAUUUUGUUGGACAGACUACGGAUAUAUUCAGUAUACAGUCUACGUACAGCAUGAAUGGCGACCUUAUAGUUACGAUAAAUAUAAAUAUUAAUUUAUUUAAUAUAAAAAUUGUGAAAAUACAAUAUAAAUUUACAUCGUAAGCAGUUUUCUUAAGUGAAAAAACAUGGGUCGCCGUUCAAUAAAUACCACAAAAAGUGGGAAAUAUAUGAAUCCUACUGAUCAAGCACGUAAGGAGGCGCGUAAAAAAGAAUUAAAGAAAAAUAAAAAACAAAGACAGUUAGUACGUGCUGCUGUUUUAAAGGGCAAAGAUCCUGCUCAGAUUAUUGAAGAAAUGGAAAAAAUAGAUCAAAUGGAAUAUAAUGUCAUGCAGCCACCGCCACUUAAUGAGAAAGUAUUGAAAGACAAACGAAAGAAAUUGAAGGAGACCUUAGAUCGUGUCUUAAAAAUUGAAUCGAAGGCGAUAAUCAAUGAAUUCCCGCUUGUCGCGCUAUUUACGUUCUGCGUACCGGCAAUCGGAUUUGAACUCCGCAGGAAACUUAGCCGAAUCACGCUGGGCGACGAACGUGUUAAAUCAAUGGCAAAGGAUGAUCAGGAAAAGUGGGCAGAGUUAAAAGAACAAUUGAUACAAUAUGAACGUAGAAGAAUAGAUCUUGUUUCUUAUUUUGAAGCUGUAAGACAUGCACAACAAGUACAAGUUGAUGAAAUUCCAUUACCAUCAGCUGCUAAUGACAUAUCUCGAAUGUACUCAGGUUCUUUAACUUCACAAAUACCUUUACCGGAUAUGCCACAACCACCAGCACAUAUGUAUCCGCCUCAUCCACAUUACAUACCACAGCAUCAUCCCCUUAUGAACAUACCAAUACCACCAAGUAUUUUAAAGAAAACAAGUGCAUAUGCAACAUCCCCUUCUAUACCUACACUAGCACCUAAUAAAGAAUCACCCGGUGUCCCACCUUUUCCACCUGCUGAUCUAUCAAGUGAGGAUGAAGAUACGUCUGAGAAGACUAAAGAACCAGUACCAAAAUCGAGAACAAUUCGAUUUGCGGAUGACAAAGAAGAUAAUAAACAAGAAUCAGAUGGUAAAGAUAAGGACGGCGACAAAGAGAAGGAAAAAGAAAGAGACAUAGCUAAAGUAAAACCAACUACUCUACAACAGAAAAUGUUAGCUAUGGCAGGGCAAGAUAUUGAUCAGUUUAUGCGUGAAAUGGAAGUUGUCCAUAAAAAGCGGGAAACUGAACGAGCUCAAGAUUUAAAUGCUCGAUUGUCACUAUUGGAAGCAGAAAAUGAAUCUAAUUCAAAGUCUAAUAAUAAAUCUGGUAAUAAUAAAACAGAAGAAGAAGAUCUAGAACCUCCAGGAGCAUCAGACCAUUCAUCAAACCAUAAUCAACAUACAUCACAUUCUCAUUCUCAACAUACACAACCACACACAAUGCCCCCUAUGGGAUUACCGCCUCCUCCUUUAAUGUAUAGACCUCCACCACCACCUUUACAUUUAAGGAUGCCGCCACCCCCACCGCCCCGUAUUGGACUUCGAUUACCUCCUGGCCCACCACCAGGAAUGCCGAGGAUGUUGAGACCUGGUCCACCAAGUAUGCCAAGAAUACCUCCUCCACAAAUGCAAAUGCCAAAUCUAUCAAAUAUGUCAAAUAUAGGAAAUCCUCAAAUGCAGACACAAUCUGCAACAGGAUCACAACCUAAAACACCUAAUGUACUUUCUGCUGCACCACAAUUAAUUAAUCGAAAAGAUAAAGAUGGUAAAAGCACUACAACUAUCGAAGCAAAACCACAAAUUAGGAAUUUAGCAGCUGAUGUUACAAGAUUUUUACCUACCUCUCUUCGUGUGAAAAGGGAUGAUAAAAAGAAACCAAGUAUUUUGUCAAGACUUUCAGAAAGAAUACCAGAAACGCAACCAAUACGAACUACUCAACCUAAAACAAAAGAUGACGCAUAUAUGCAGUUUAUGCAAGAAAUGGAAGGAUUACUUUAAAUUUGUAAUACUGUGUAUAAUAGAACUUGACUUGAAUAGCAAAAAAUUAAAUCUUGAAGAAUA